CCGGUGAGCGAGCUUCCCUUUAAUGCUCGCAUUCCCAACUACCCUUUUUCCUUAUCUAUAAACCAAGCCAGAACGUAUAGCAUUCUUUCAUUUAUACUCUCCGACAGAAGAGAGAUUUCGAUCUUUCUAUUUUGUACCUGUCACGUAUUCGCAUUCGCAGUAGGCUACGGGGCAGUAGCACGUAUUACGGCAAAUAGCUGGGCCUAGUCCAAGCCAGCGCUUCGGCCUCCACAAUCUCCCGCAAUUGCAUCUUUUUUUCUUCUUCCCUUGAAUUGCGGAAUCAAGUCAAUCGACUUCUGUUUGUUUUAUUCUACUUCAAAUUUAGCGCUUUUUAUUCAGUCAGGAUGUCGGCUGCAACCAGUCCCGUGGAGCAGAGACUCCCUCACCGUUCGUCGACGAUGCGGAGCUCCAUCGGUCCGGACCGUCGGGCGUCACUGAGCGACGACGAGGCCGUCCCGGGUUCAGAUACUAACGAGACUACGGGCCUUCUCCUUGAGCGUCUCCGUGCUUGGAAACACAUGUGCGGUUAUUUGGAGGAUUAUGUGGAAGUCACAGCCAAAGUGCAGAAGUCGCAAGCGAAGGAUUAUGAGAAAGUUUUGAAGACUGUCAGCGACCCCCUUCGGGAGGGGCACCAUUUCUCUCAGAGUGCGGGCGGAGUUUCAGCAUGGUUUGAAAAUAUUCGGAGCAAUACUCAGGGAAUCGUGAAUGGGUACCUUGACACGGAAAAGAACUUGAAAGGAUCCGUGCUGCCGACCCUUCAGCGUCUCCACAAGGAGAUCAAGAACAAGUCCAAGGAGCUGCAGAGCGGCGCAAGUAAGAGCGCCAAGGCUGUUGAAAAAGCACGAGGUGUGACGCAGAAACAUAUCGAGCUUCUGGCUCAGCAGGUUGCAGCGUUUGACUCAACUGCGGGCAACAAAUUCGACCAUGCCCACGACCCAUACAUCUUGCGCCGCGGGGUCCAUCACCGCCUGAACAAGCAAGUUACCGAGGAAAACAACAACCGUCAGGACAUCAUUGCCGUGCAGAACAACUUUCAGCAGUUCGAGGCGCAUGUUCUGCAAACCGUCCAUGCCGCGAUGGAGCAGUUCAACGUAUUCGUCGGUGGCCAACUCGACCGGCAGCGGAGCAUGUACAGCGACAUGUUGGGCGCUGCUCAGCGCAUUCCUCCAGACUAUGAAUGGCUUAAUUUCAUCACACGCAACGCCAACGUGUUGGUGGACCCCGACUCACCGCCGCGAUCGCUGUCCAACAUCUCCUUCCCGAACCAGGAUCACCGCGCCACCGUCCCGCUCAUCGAGGGCAGUCUGGAGCGCAAGUCCCGGGCUAUGCUGAAAGGUUACAGUACGAGCUACUAUGUUGUCACACCCGCGCGAUACCUGCAUGAGUUCAAGGACAAUGACGACUUCCGCAACGAUCCAUCUCCCGAGCUGUCUCUGUACCUACCGGACUGCGUGGUUGGCGGCGUGGACGGUAACAAGUUCACCAUCAAAGGCAAGGAUGUUUCCGGCGGCAAGGUCGGCAACGCCUUCCACACUACCAGCGAGUUCAACUUCAAAGCGCAUACCCCGAGUGACGCGGAGAAAUGGUGGAACGUCAUCCGCGACGCAGCCAAGAGUGGCCCCGUACACUCGCCAGUGUCUCCCACUAGCCCUGUAGCAGCUGGGGGCGCUACCACCGAGAGUGGUGCUGCUGCUUCGGCUCCACCUCCUACCACUGCUACUGCCGAUGCUGCCGCAGUCGAGGCACACCCUCCGGCCUACAAGGAGCAGGAAAGCUUUGCGCCAGCCGCGCAGCAGAAGACCACUGCCGGCGAGGCGGCGACUCCCACCACUCCCGCAGGCGAGACUGGGCUUAACCGCUCAACAAGCUCUGCAACGGGCCACUACCACAUGGGACCGGGUGGAUCAGCCGUUGCACCUGACGCACCUGCUUCCGGCGCCGAGAAGUCGUGAACCAGCCAUGCUGAAGCUUCUGAUUUACUUUUUUUCGUCUAUCGUAUAGUAUAAUAUCGAUCAUGUCUAUAGGAUGACAAUGUACUUAAUCAGUAUACCUCGAGCUGCCGUACCAUGUACGCAGUGAGAUCAUCAUCAUGAAUCAGUAGCCCGAGUAUCAUGCAAAUCACCCUCCGACUCGGUUCCUGCCCCUCCCAAACCAACACCACAAUCGACUUCACCCCUCCG